UCAACUGUUGCCCUUUUCGUGGCCGUAAAUUUUGUCAAAAUCUGGUGAAUGGAAAAGUAAUAUUUUCACACAAGUGAUCUGACGAACUUUGUAAUUAUGUCCAAAACUGCUUCAAAUAAGUUCAUCGCACUAUGAAUUAACUUUCUAAUUGUUUUGUUCUCAGAGUUAAGUCAGUUACUAUAAAUGAUUUACGGGCAUUAAAUCUUUUGUUUGUGUUAGCGAGUGAAUGUUUAAGUAUCAAUUUUGGGCAGUUUACGAGUACUUUAACUAGUAAUUUUUGUUUUCAAACAUCAGUCUCGGUUGUGAGAGUACUUCGAACUCAUUUAAUAAAGUUAAUGUGUGUGAAAAGUUGUCGAAGUUCCGUGUUUGAGAUAAACAUAGUUCAGAUGUUCUAGACGGUUCUGACAAUGGGUGCAGUUGUUCGCGGUGUUUAAGAGGAUGGAAAGGCUGUCGCAUGACUUAAACCUGGCUCUAGAAGAGAGUAAUUGCGGCCGGCAAGAGCGGCGGAAACUAGGGCUCCGUCGACGCACUAGGUCCGCUGGAAAUUUGCCGGCCGCCGUAGCAGUGAGUUUGGUUGAAGAUGGUAGUUCGAGCAGCCCUCCACAGGCCCCACUCAUCACGCAACCACUAUCAGACUCCGAUGACCCUCAUCUAAACCUGCACAAAUCAAGCAGUAUGAAGUCCAGACAGUAUUGUCAAAUUGGCAAUUUCGAGUCGGACUCGUUUAACGAAAACUUCUCCCCAACAAGACCAGCAAAUGCAAGGAGGAAGAGAAAGUAUAAAAAGAUGCCUGUCGAAUACCCAGAUGGAAAGCGCUCUCCGCCCAUCGAAAUACUAAGUGUUACUACAGAGCCAGCCUUACCAGCUACAAUAAUUAUGCAGACCCAAGGCCUGACGUCAAUUCCACAUAUUACCAAACACAAGCAAGAAAGGAAUGCAUUUUGUGGCAAAAGAAAAUGGUCCCAUAGAGACAAAGGAGACGUAUGUGAAAUGAGAGAAAGAUCAUUCAGCGGAGGAUGUUCAUCCAAGUCAUCAUUCUUUAAAAAUGAUUUUAAAUGCAAGAAGUAUGAGGAAAAGAAACGAAAGGAGUCUGUAUUACAGCCAGGGAAGAUUAUACUCAAGUCUCAAAACGUUGAAGGCAUGGCAUCAUCAUUCACGAACACCCCAUCACUGCCUGGUAGCUCAAGCUUUAACUUUGUGUAUAAAAAUUCCGGAAAGAACGGACCAUUCCUCUCAAAGGUAACUGGGUACAAAAUCACCACAGAUCUACCACCGGUAUUCAGUCCUACAACCAGUACUGGAAAAUAUCAUUCGCGGAAGUUUAAACUCCUGAACAAGUCACACUCUUUGAGGAAUCCUCUAUUGUUCGAGGAUUCGAAUAGCGGCAUGGAUUGCGCGGGAAAUGAAUCUAGUUCGCUCAGCAGCAGUGACUCGGAUGGAGUCGUGACAAAUGACAGCGACAGAGAAGGCGACGAUGAACUGACCGACUGGCCCGGAAUCGAAGAACUGAAAGUGUUCAAUAAAAGCCUCACGUUUAAAUCUUCGAAAUCCGUCAAUAACAACAACAAUAACUCUCCAAAUUCAGUUAACAUGCCUCCACCGAAACGGCUGAAGAAAGAGAAACAUUUAGUGAAAAGCGGCUGGGCGAGUUGUAAGAAUAGAUUUAAAAAGAAGAGGCCUAAAGUUGAUUCGGGAAACGACGAUGACGCUAUGAUGUCCGAUUCAAAAACCGUCGUCGACGUAGAGGACGAGGCGAUUAGCAAAGAGAAUAGGGACAUUUUACAGCCUCACUCGUCGUUUUCCAGUUUUAGCGAUAUAAAGAACGCUGGUGUGUCGGGUCAGAACGCGAAUGAGACGUUUUUUCAGUCCUUUCAGGCGUUUCAGGAGAAAGCCAGUCAGCAAGAGACGUUCAGUCAGACGCCUCGGACAAACUUUUCGUUGCAGAAAACGUCGUCUAGCGACUUGAAUGUUAGCGAGAAAUCGCCACAGAGCGACCAUUAUUACAGUGAGCAUUCCAUGGGCAAUGCCGUGACAGAAGUGAGAGAAAUAAGAGCCGGGUGCAGGAGAAUACGUGAAGAGAGACCAGGUUUCCUUAUCCUGAGCGCUGCGAAUGAACAACUCUCAAAAUUCCUACAAGAUUCUUGCCAAACAGAGCUGAAGCUCCCAAGUUUCCAUGAUCCAGAGGAAAAGGAGAAGUUAGAAUCACUAGCCAAGCUGUAUUCGUUGAAACUGCAAGUGGAAAUGGGCAGGCCAAUUCUAAGAAAGACUAGCAACACAAUGCAGGCGGUGCGCGUUGAACAUUCCUACCACAACUUCCCUACGGACCACAAACGGCGGUGUUACGGCGACGACCAAGACUCCAGUUUGAGUUUGAGCGAGAACUCGGUCAACUCCAUCAACGAUUUGGACGAGCACGACUUAAACGAGCCGAAGCCUGGUACCAGCGACGCACAGCAAGACCUCGUGGACACAUUCUCGCAUACGCACGUCGAUAAGUCCUUGUUGGAUCCAGGUGAUGUAGACUAAAUUUCUUGAUAGCGAAGCAAAUUUUAACAAAUUGAUUAAUAUACGAUAAAGACUUAAAGAGCUGUUUGACAGCAGCAUUAGUUUCUAAAAAUUGUUGGUUAUAGAUCGUUUCAUUCACGAAGACGCGCCCCGCCAUUCUUCCGCUAAUGUUUGAGU